ACGUUACGCGCUGAACACUACGUCACCCGGAAGAGAGGAGUGUCUGUGUGUGUGUGGAUUGUUUACAUUUUCUGUAGCCCGUGAAAAUGAAUCCACCGAUGAUCAACUCGACCAGCUCCGUUUCAACGACCAAAAGGAAACGAGAAGCUGAGCGCUCGAUUAACUGGACAGUGGAGGAAACUCAGGUGCUGUUGUGCGCCUGGAGUGACGAGCGCAUCCAGAAGAGUUUGGCAGAAAACCUUCGCAACCGCCAUGUCUUCAAACACCUCUCAGCCCGCAUGAGUGAAAUGGGUUUCUCUCGGAGUCCACACCAGUGCCGUCUUCGGGUCAAAACUCUGAAGGCUAACUAUGGGAGAGCCAGGCUACAGAGGAGCAUCGACAGCUCGCAGCCUUGCACUUUUAAAUAUUUUGCCGAGAUGGAUGCUGUGUUGGGUCGGAGGUCAGCGGGAGGGGAAGGAGGGCCCUAUUUUGUUUCUCCAGAACGGACGGCAGAGCGUCACCUUGAAUCCCUUGACAGGACAGGAAGUAUCAAGCCAGAUUUAAAUUCUAAUACAGAGAUUAGUGGACACAAUUUUGGUUCUUUGGGGAGGACAGGAAGACAACAUUUGAGCUCUUUAGAGGAGAGAGGAGGCCUUCAGUCUUGGCAGCUCGACUCUGAAGUCAAGUUGGAGGACAGAGAAGAUUCAACAGAUGAGUUUGAGUUCAGCGAUACAGGAUUCCCACAGCGACACCAUGAAGUUUAUCUGGAAUCAUCCAUCCAUCGUGAAAUGAGUGGUACUCCAGUGGAAAACAUCUUGAGCACUCCUUCUCCACAUGUAGCACCACCUCCACCGGCUCUUCCCCCUCCCCCUCCUACCCAAUCCACUGCCUCUCCUCUCCCUGCACCCCCAGAUCCAAGCUCCAACACCCUCCCCACCUCUGGCCACCAUCACACCGAGUCCUCCUGCCUGGAACCCGCCCUCAAGCACCUGACGGAGUGCUUCCAGCGGCUGGUGUCUGAGACGCGGGGCCUGCUGGUGCAGCUGGAGAGCCAGCGGCAGGAGCAGGCUCGCUGGCAUCAGGACCUCCUGGCCCAGUGGCUGCAGAGGGAGGAGCGCCGGCAGAGAGAGAUGGCUGAGAGGGAUGAGAGGAGGGAGAAAGCUCGCAUGGAGCAUGAGAUCAGAGUCCUGGAGCUCCUCACCAGUCUAGCCAGAGAACACGGUUGUAAAUGUGGAGGCAGCCAGACUGUAGCGGAGGCACCAACUGGUCCCAAUCAUACCAUGAACAAAGGCGGAAAUUAGGAUGCACUCACACCAAGGAUCUCUUUUUACAGUGGAAUGGUAUUCAACCUCAGGUGGAACCAAAUAACGGAACUGAUAAUGCAAACAGACACGUUCAGGACGGCUUAGUUUAGGCCUUAACCCUGAGUCAUAUGGAGGGAAAUUUCAAUUGAACCAAAUUCAGGGAAAAACCCUCAAAAUCCAAGAGUCUGUGAGUAUAAAAAGAUCAUUGUUGACUGACAACGAGUUGUGCUCAGAAAGCUUAGAAGAUGAAACUAUAGUUGAAGUGUGAAGGAGAAUUUGUUCUUCUCUGUUUUCUGUCAUAACAUACAGUGGACAUAAAAAGUCCACAAACCCCUGUUAAAAUGCCAGGUUUUUGUGAUGUAAAAGAAUGAGACAAAGAUAAAUCAUGUCAGAACUUUUUCCACUUUUAAUGUGACCUAUAAUGUGAACAAUUCAAUUGAAAAGCAAACUGAAAUCUUCAAGGGGGGAAAAUAAAAAUCUUACAAUAACCUGGUGGUUUAGGUGUGCACACCCUCUUAUAACUGGGGAUGUGGCUGUGUUCAGAAUUAUCCAAUCACAUUCAAACUCAUGUUAAAUAGAAGUCAUUACACACCUGCCACAAUUUAAAGUGACUCUGAUUAAUCACAAAUAAAGUUCAGCUGUUCUAGUAGGAUUUUCCUGACAUUUUUUUUAGUUGCAUCUCAGAGCAAAUGCCAUGGUCUGCAGGGAGCUUCCAGAGCAUCAGAGGGAUCUCAUUGUUGAAAGAUAUCAGUCAGGAGAAGGGUACAAAAGAAUUUCCAAAGCAUUAGAUAUACCAUGGAACACAGUGAAGACAGUCAUCAUCAAGUUGCGAAAAUAUGGCGCUACCAAGAACUGGAUGUCCCUCCAAAAUUGAUGAGAAGAAAACUGGUCAGGGAGGCUUCCAAGAGGCCUACAGCAACAUUAAAGCAGCUGCAGGAAUUUCUGGCAAGUACUGGUUGUGUGCUACAUGUGACAACAAUCUCCUGUAUUCUUCAUAUGAGUGGGCUAUGGGGUAGGGUGGCAAGACGGAAGCCUUUUCUUACAAA